AUGUCAUAAAUAGGACAUGACAUUUUUAUAGGAUGCUUCAAUGAAAAUUUGAUUUUGAUCAUAAUCAGCUCAAUACUUUUCUUUUUUACAUUACGUAUUUUAUUUACUCAAUAUUUAUAGUCAUCUAUCUAAAUAUUUUUAAAUAUAACAAAAACUUUUACAUUUCCUAAGCAAUUUAGUUUUCUUUCAUUAUUUAUAGAGCCUAUUUUUUCGGUUCUACUUAACUUUGGUCUUCAUUUUAAUUACUUAAUGCAAAUUUCAAGAAAAAUCGGCCUAUGCAAAUAAUAUGUUACUUUUUAACUCUUCUAAUAUUUGUACUUGUGUAUAGUUUACAAUAUAAUGGUUUCUAAAAAUUAAGCAUGGGAAGUGAAAUAUUCUAAUGUUUUUGCUAUUUGAUUUAUUACAUAUAUUAAAACCAAAAACAAGAUGAAAAUUUAAAUCUGAUGUAAGAGAUGUUGCUGAAUGAAAUUAAAAAAAAUUGCUUUAUUAAAAUGUUUGGUAAAAAUAAAUAAUUAGCAUUUACUUAUCCUUAAACUGAUGAAACUUAAAAGUUUGAAUGUAUAGAAAAUAAUUAAUAUAUAUGUCAAUUUAAAGUUUAUAUGGAUUAAGAAUUUAGCAAUUCUCCUUCAAAUUAAAAAUCUUUCAAUAGAACAAAAAUAUUUCAUAAUACUGAUGAGUUUAUAUCUUAUUUAGAUACAUCAGAUAAUAUUGAUUGUUUAGGAAUUAAUUGGUAUUUUGCCACACUUAUAGAUUAGCAAACUAAAAUUAAAACUAAAUAUCGUAUUACUCAAUCAAAAUUAAAUAAUGAAUCAAUGGUGUUAUUUUUUAUGAGAAUAGAUCCGACCAUUUAAAAAAAAUCAUGUGAAAAAUUUUUACAAUUAAAAAAAGAUAUAUCUAAUAUUUUUACUCAUAAACUAAAAACACCUUUAAAUGCAGUUUUAGGACAUUUAACAUAAGCAUAUUAUGAUUAAGAUGUAGAUUCUUAAAUUCAAAAUAAUUAUAUAAAACCUGCUUAUAUAAAUUCGAAAUUAUAACUAUUUUAAAUUCAAGACUUGCUCGAGUAUUUAAAUUCUGAUUAAGAUAAUUACAACUUGUAAAUAUGCAAAAUUAAUUUGAAAACCCUAUUGCAGUCAUUAUAAGAGCUAAUCCAAUAACAAUGUAACAUGAAAAAUAUUCAUUUACUAUUCACUAUCAAUGAAAUGAGGUAUAUUAAAUUAGAUAAGUAAAUUAUGUACAAAUUAAUUUAGUAUCUGCAUUUACUCAGAUGUUCUAAAACUUGAAAGAAUACUUUUUAACUUACUAAAUUUAUCUUAUAGAAAUACGACUUAAAAUGGGAUAAUAUCUCUAAAUAUAACAAUCGAUAAAGAUAAUGAAGAAGCUUAAUUUACAAUAUCAGAUAGUGGAUUGGAAUUAUCUUAAUUAGAAAUAGAUGAAAUAAAUUAAUGGAUAGUUUGCAAUAAUAUCUUUAAACUUUCUAAAAAGAAACCUCAUCAUUAAUAAGAAAUGUUAACAACUUUAUCGUUAACUAGUAAAUUAGUAAAAUCUUUAAAUUAAUUCAACCUUUAGUAUUUGGAAUUAUGUUUAACAUAGAAUAUUGGUAUUGUAUAUAAGUUUAAGAUAAAUAUAAAUAGGGAUAGAUCAGCAGAAAAUUCUUAGGAAUAAUAUAGAAUUGGAUAUAUAUUAAAAUAAAGAAGUUUUAAGUAAUUACAUACUCAUCAUUAUAUAUCUUAAAAAUCUAUAUUUUCUGGAUAAGAAUAAAGUGUUCCAAUUUUAGAAGAUUCAAUAGAUGAACCAUUUGCUAAUACACCAUUAGUAGUGAAAAUGGGUAUGCCAUCAAAAAGGAAUUGGAUGUAGGAAAAAAGAUAGGAUCAAGCAUAAUAAUAAUUUUUAACACUAAAUGAUCAUGUUACAAAAUCAAUACUAAUUGUUGAUGAUGAACCAUUUAAUCAUGAUACAUUAAUUUUGAUGUUAAAAUCUAUGGGAUUUAAAAAUUUUUUAAAGGCUUUUGAUGGUUAAUAAGCAAUAAAUAUAGCUUUUGCAAAAUAGAAUGAAAUUUAAGUUGUAUUUAUGGAUCUUGAUAUGCCAAUUAUGGGUGGUAUUGCAGCAACAAAAUUUUUAGUUGAAGAAAUGAUGAAACUUAAUUUGGCUUAUUUUCCUAUAAUAGGUUGUACUGCUCAUGGAGAUGCUGAAUCUAUAGAUUUAUGUAUUUAAGCAGGUAUGCUACAUGUAGUUGUAAAACCUGUAUUUAUUAAGACUUUGAGAGAAACUUUCAAUUUAAUAUCAGAUGAUCCUUAAAAGAAGUCUUAUAAUCGUGUUGGAUCUUUGUAAUUUUGA